AUGGAGAAACUCAAAGGAAUUUUGGGCAGCAAUGCUUCUAUUCCACAAACUUCUCCUUUGGGGUGCUUAUUAGCACAUUGGAAACAGGGUAAUUUUGGGGAAGAAUUACGUCAAGCUAAGUUGAUUGAUUAUUGUAAUACAUGGUGGCCAGAAUAUAUCUUGGAGAAUGGCAAAAAAUGGCCAAAAUACGGCACUUUGCAAUAUGGCACCAUUUCACAGUUAAUGUCAUUUUGUAAGAAAGAAGGAAAAUGGGAUGAGGUUCCGUAUGUUGAUUUGUUUUUCUAUUUACGGGAAAAGCCAGAAUGGCAAGAUGAAUGUGGAUUAAUGGUGGUUAGAGCGUCUGCAAGUAAUAAGUGCGCGGUUUGCGAGGAACGUUGUCUAAAACACUUGGCGUUGAAAGAAAGUCUGAGCAGGGAAAAUUAUGCAGAUAUUGAUUUACAGGUAGCUCCAAUAAGACCAAGGGAGCCCAGCCCUACCCCACCUGUUUCAUCUGUCCCUAUCCCACUGCCUUUCCAUACCUCACCCAAUCCUGAGCCUGUCUCAUCUAGUACACCUUUCCCUCUUUUUUCUCCUCUCCCAUCGUCACCUGACCCCUUUUCCUCGGAAGAUGAGCAAAACCUAACUGUGAUAGAAAGGAGGGGGAGGGAUGCGAGUGAAAGGAAUAGCAAUGGUAAUAAAUCAGUAACCCCGGUAGCCCACAGAACCCGAAGCCGGUCAGAGCUUGCCCCGGUUGUGGAAAGAAAAGACGUAGGCAGACAAAAACGGACUGUGAUUGCCCCCUUGCGACAAGGUGUAGGAGCAGAAGGGCCAGUGUAUGUAAAAGUGCCCUUUUCUCCUGCAGAUUUAAUUAUUUGGAAACAGUCAGCUGGAACUUAUAGAGAAAAUCCUGAUAAGGUGGAACGGGUAGUAAAAAUGAUCAUGAAAACUCAGAAUCCUGACUGGGAUGAUAUACAAGUAAUAUUAGAUACUUUAAUGGACUCCACAGAGAAAGAGAUGGGUCUUAAAGCAGCCAAAGAAAGGGCAAGGGAGGAUAUCAGAAACGGACUCGUAACAGGAAAUUUAGAUCUCAAUUUCCCAAAUGAGGAUCAAAAAUGGAAUCCUAAUUUACUUUGUGAUAUGAGGAGACUACAGAAAUAUCAGGAGGUGAUCCAAAUAGGAGUUCAGAAUGCUGUGCCCAAAACCAUAAAUUGGUCUAAACAAUAUGAAGUUUGGCAGGAAAAGAAAGAAUCUCCCACUGCGUUUUUAGAGAGGCUUAAGGAGGCUGCAAGGAAAUAUACAGAUCUCCAAAUAGACACAGAACAAGCAAAGGUUCAGCUCGCUCUCAUAUUCUUGGGACAAUCACAAGACGAUAUUCGGAAGAAAUCGCAAAAAUUAGAAGGGGAAGAAUUAAGGAAUCUGGAUUAGCUACUUGAGGUAGCCUGGAAGGUAUAUAAUAAUCGCAAAAGAGAAGCUAGUAAAAGGCAACAGCAAAAUCUUUUGGCAGUAAUACAAAGGAAGGGUAGCCCAAAUUUCAGGGGACGUGGCAGAGGUAGUCGUGGUAGAGGACCAAUUAUGCAAGGGUUAAGCCUAAAUCAAUGUGCGUAUUGCAAGCGGGAGGGGCAUUGGAAGAGAGAGUGCCCAAACAAGCCAAACAACCGGUUUCACCAGGGCAAUCAGUUCCAGCAGGAAAACAUUGCCAAGGCAAUGAUGUUAGGUGAAUAUAACAGCUGACUAGACGUGGAACCCGUAAAACAGGUUAAAGAACCUGUCAUAACUAUACAGCUAGAGCAUAAGGAAGUCAAAUUUCUAGUGGAUACUGGAGCUACCUACUCUGUGCUGAAUGAUCUACAAGGAGAAAUUGGAAAUAAGCAAACAACAAUAGUUGGGGUUACAGGGAAGGAGGAAAAUCGGCCAUUCUUGCAACCCCUAGAUUUGUGCUUUGGGAACAAGACUUUAACACAUGAAUUCCUAUAUGUACCUGAGUGUCCAAUUCCGCUUUUAGGGAGGGAUCUGCUGGCGAAACUUGAUGCGGUAAUAACCUUUGAAAACGGGGAACUUGUAAUGAAAAUACCUGAAUCAAAGACGGGACAGAUUUUAAUGAUCAAAGAAAAACCAGUUCCCUCUAACCCUAGGGAGGUAGAUGAUGCAGUGAUUCCUUCUGUAUGGGAAACGGAUAUACCAGGGAAAUCUAAAUUGGCACAACCAGUGCAUGUGGAGUUAAAAGAAGGGGCAAGGGCUGUACAAAUCAAACAGUAUCCCAUAAAACCAGAAGCACGGCAAGGAAUAGUAAAAACUAUUGAGAAAUUCUUAAAGUACCAAAUUUUAGAAGAAUGUGAAUCAGAAUUUAACACACCAAUAUUUCCAGUAAAGAAACCAAAUGGAGAAUAUAGAUUAGUGCAGGAUUUGAGAGCAAUAAAUAAAAUAACAAAAGACAUUUAUCCAGUGGUAACAAAUCCCUACACAUUGCUAACAUCCGUAAAGGAGAUAUAUAAAUGGUUUACUGUAAUUGAUUUAAAAGAUGCCUUUUUCUGCAUCCCCCUUGACAAAGAAAGUAGGAAACUGUUUGCCUUUGAGUGGGAAAACCCAGGGAACAGAAGAAAGACCCAGCUCACCUGGGCGCGAUUACCACAAGGAUUUAAGAACAGUCCGAGCUUAUUUGGAAACCAACUGACAAAGGAGCUGGAAAUUUGGACCGAAAAUGGGCAAGUACCAAGAGACCAAUACCUAUUGUUGCAGUAUGUUGAUGAGAUAAUAAUAGCUACAGAAGAAAAAGCAACCUGUAUAAAGGUAACCAUAGAGAUUUUAAAUUCACUGUGAAUGGGAGGUUACAAAGUAUCCAGAGGAAAGGCACAAAUUGCCCAACAGACUGUGAUUUACCUGGGAUGUGAAAUUUCACAAGGGCAACGAAAACUAGGUACUAACCGUAUCCAAGCUAUCUGUGCUAUUCCAGAGCCCCAGAACUUACAUGAGCUGCGAGUCUUCCUCGGGAUGGCAAGAUGGUGUCGCUUGUGGAUCAUGGACUAUGGACUGAUUGCGAAACCCCUGUACGAAGCUCAGAGGACGCAGCCAUUCACCUGGGACAAGCCACAGAAGGAAGCCUUCCUAAAACUAAAAGAGGCAUUGACGACUGCUCCAGCAUUAGGGUUACCUGAUCUGUCUAAAGAUUUUCAGCUGUUUGUACAUGAAAGGCUACGCCUAGCACUAGGAGUCCUGACCCAACGUCUGGGAAGUUGGAAAAGGCCGGUGGGCUACUUUUCCAAACAACUUAACAACAUAAGUGCGGGGUGGCCUCCAUGUCUGCGGGCGGUCGCAGCCACCGUGAUGCUGAUACAAGAAGCCAAGAAGCUUACUAUGGGAAGACACAUAGAAGUCUAUGUACCACACAUGGUAACCACUGUCUUAGAACAGAAGGGGGGCCAUUGGCUAUCUCCAAGGAUGAUAAAAUUCCAGGUAGUCCUGACUGAGCAGGAUGAUGUCAUAUUAAAAACAACUAACCUUUUGAAUCCAGCUUUGUUCCUAGGUACCACAACUGAAGAAGGCCCAUUAGAGCAUGACUGUGUAGAGGUGAUAGAGUACACCUAUUCAGCAAGAGAAGACUUGAAAGACGUCCCGCUAGAGCAGCCGGAGUGAGAGCUAUUUACAGAUGGGAGCAGCUUCAUGGAAAACGGAACCAGAUACGCUGGAUAUGUGGUAACAACAGUCAGUACAGUAGUGGAGGCAAAGGCAUUACCACCAAAUACAUCUGCCCAGAACGCAGAACUGGUUGCUUUAACCAGGGCACUAGAAUUAAGUGAAGGGAAAAAGGUCAGUACAUGGGCUGACUCAAAAUAUGCUUUUGGAGUGGUGCAUGUACACGGAGCACUGUGGAAAGAAAGAGGAUUAUUGUCUUCUCGAGGUACGCACAUUAAACACCAAGAUGCAGUCCUGCAAUUGAUAAAAGCAGUACAAAAACCUGAGCAAGUGGCAAUUAUACACUGUAAAGCACACCAAUCAGGAAACUCCAAAAUCUGUGAAAGAAAUCGAAAGGCAGACUGGGCAGCCCGACAGGUUGCUCGAGAGGUGCAGACAACAAUGGCAUUGAUACCUUCAAAGCUCAAUAUAUCCCAAUUCAAUUUGCCUCCAGAACCAAAAUAUUCAGUAGAAGAUGAGAGACUGGCACGUUUACUAAAUGCACAAAAGAAUUCGGAAGGAUGGCAUGUGACUGCACAAGGACAGAUAGUGGUACCCCCCUUGAUAAUGAGAGAAGUUCUACAAAUUAAACAUAACAAAUGUCAUUGGGGUGCAGAGGCAUUGGUAAAAUUGCGAAAGCAGAGUUUAAUUUCGGUACGCAUGUUAACAAUGGCAAAAUCAGUCAUGUCAAAAUGUGAUAUCUGCUUGAAAAACAACCCAGUAGCUAGGCGACAGGCACAGCUAGGAAGAAUUCGGAUAAGAAUAGAGCCAGGAGACUAUUGGCAGGUAGAUUUUGUAGAAUUGCCAAGAACUCGAGGAUACAAAUACCUGUUAGUGCGGGUUGACACAUUUUCUGGAUGGCCAGAAGCCCUUCCCUGUCGCACAAACCAAGCAAAGGAAACAGUUAAGUAGUUACUACAGGAAAUUAUUCCCAAGUUCGGGGUACCCCUAGGGGUAUCAUCAGAUAGGGGGCCCCAUUUCAUAGCUACAGUAGUAAAAGAGCUAAGUAGAUUGCUGGGGAUAACUUGGGACCUCCAUACACCGUAGAGACCCCAGUCAAGUGGACAGGUAGAGAGGAUGAAUCAGACACUAAAGAGGCAUAUCAGUAAAAUAUGCCAAGAAGCCAAGCUGCAGUGUCCUCAGGUUUUGCCAAUAGCACUGUUGAGGAUUAGGAUAAAACCUAGGAGCGGGAUGUCAGUCAGUCCUUAUGAGAUAUUUUAUGGGAAACCAUCUGAAUCUCCUGAGCCUAACUCUAAUGUACACGUCACAGGAAAGCAGGAAGUGUAUAAUUAUGUUCUGUCUCUUGGGAAAACUUUAGCUCGGCUCCAGAGCAUCCUCGUGUGGAAUAGACCAAUAACUCUUGAGAAUGCAGUUCAUAACAUACAUCCAGGAGACGAGGUGUACAUUAAAAACCGGAACGAAGAACCGCUGAAAGAAAAGUGGAGUGGACCCUAUCAGGUACUGCUGACCACCUUUACAGCAGUCAAAAUAGCCGGCGUGGACCCCUGGAUUCACUGUACCCGAGUGAAGAAAGUCCAUCCUGGAUCACGGACUAUGUAAACUGUGGAACCAAGACUGAAGAUAAGAUGUGUUUAAUUACUUUGAGAAUGCUAUUAGUAAUUAUGCUAAUGUUAUGGUCAUUAAUGUCUUUGGGAUGUGGAAUGCAAAAAGAUCAACUAACCACUCUUCAUUCUAGAAUGAAGAGAGAGGCAGAAACACAAGUGAUAAAAAUUUCUAAUGCAGUUCGAGCUGAGAAUGUAAUGAUUAGAUUAGUUAAAGAUUUUGCCAAAAUACAAAACACCAGUAGAAUAACUGCCUGUCUGCCAAUACCUAAGGCAGCAGGAGAUCCAGUAAAUUGGGGAAUCAUAACAUCAAAACUACCUGAAAUACAAAAGAACAAAACAACUGCAUGCAAACAGGUACUUGAACCGAGACAGGUAGUCAAGGACACUUGGGAGAAAGUAGGAACAUGGAUGAGACCUAUGAGCCAGAAAGACUGUAUUCUAAGUGAUGGCAUACUAGGAACCCCUAUGGGACAGUCGGGAGGCACCACACAAUGGCAAUGCUAUUUGCCACACUAUAAAAAGAUCAUAGAAAAUGUUACAGAAACUACUCUGGUAUGGAAGUGUGAGACCGAGGAUCAGAAAGAUCAGAGAGAGCCUUGGGACAGUGCGUGGUCUGUGAGUAUACUUCAAAAAUUCCAAUAUAUGGCAAACACCCCUUGGUGUAUUAAGUGGGAAGGUUCUGAGAGUGAAACAGAUCCAGCAGUAACGUACACUGCCACUAGUAGCAGAACGUAGGCAGACAAAGUAAGUUGGUGGGCCUGCAAUAAAACUUAUGACUGCACUUCUGAUGAUGCAGAGAUAAAACAGAUACCACCCCUGGCAAUAGCCCUACAGAUUGGUUGUGCUUGCAGAGGGAUCAAACAUUAACAAGGCAAAAUGAAUUAUAAAGUGAUUAUAAGAUGUACCAAGAGCACAAUUAAAAGUCCAGGACAAUUUGUAUGGGCAACAAGCGAUGGUACCUGGACAACACAUCUGCCUGUACACGGGAAAGUAAAGGAAAUUACUUUGGGCCUCCCAACCUUAUGUCCAAUUUGGAAAAAGUCCCCAUUUAAUGGAAAACAUGAACUUCUGCAGAUAAGAGCAAGACGAGAAGUUCUAGACAACAAAAAUCCAGAUGACACUUGGCAAGAACCCUCUAGUAGAGUGAAACUUGGGUGGGCCCUAGAGUCUUUACUCGGUCCUAUAGCAAACUAUCAGAGUAGAGAGAUGCUGUACAAACUUACAGGCCAGGUAGAUAGACUAGCAAGAAUCACCCAAGAAGGAUUUAAAGAAUUAAACGUACAAUUACAAGCCACCACAAAAAUGACUUUGCAAAAUCGAUUAGCCUUAGAUUUGUUACUCCUGAAGGAGCAUGGAGUAUGUGGAUUUUUAAAGGGACGAGUUGAUCAUUGCUGCGUUCACAUCCCAAAUGUAACUGCAGAUGUAGAAUAUGACAUCAAUCAGUUAAAACAAAUAGAGCAUGAGGCACAAGAAGAGCAGAAAGAUUUGACUACAAGCUGGUUAAGAAAAAUUUUUAAAUGGUUAGGGUAUAAUGUGAGUUCAUGGAUUAAAUCUAUCAUUGAGAGUGUGAUAAUCUUACUAAUUGUAUUCUUAGCAAUUUGGUUAGUUUACAGCAUUUUAAGGAGAGAAAUACAGAAGAAAACGUCCUGGAACCAGAAAAUAAUAAAAGCACUGACACGAGAUCCAUGCCCACUAUCUUCUGGUUCUCCAGCCCGUGAUAGCAUCCACGACAACUUUUACAUCAACCCUGGAUUUGAAGAACAUCAAGCAUAAAUUGAGAAGUAGAAGACUGUAUCAAGUGAAAACAUUUACACCUAUAGUGAAGUGAAAAUGCUUUCAAGGGGGGAUAAUGAUAGUGGCGCCCUGGAAAAUGCUCAGAUAAACUCUGAAAUGUUAAGCCUUGUGUUUUACCUGUGUAAGUAGUAUAAUUGCUAGCUGAAAUGAUUGUUCAGUGAUUAAAAUAAUUAUUGUAUAAUCAUAAGAAGAACAAUGAGUAACUGUAUGUUCCUAGUCUAAGGUGGCCAUGCUUGGCUGAAACCUAUGUAUACUAUAGAACAAUGUAAGUUUAAUAAUUAACAUGAAAGUUAUAUAACGAUAGAAUAUAAAAGCAUAUCCAUCCCGAACCUCUGUCGGAGUCAGAUUUGGGUCUUUACCCCUGACACCCAGAGCUCUUCAAUAAAAGCACCUGCAUAUAA